CGAGAAUGCGGGGGCUCCGUGCGCCUGGAGCUGCCCCUGCGGGGCUGGCCGGAGGGCUUCGACCCCUCCCGCGGCCUCGGCUACACGCUGGGGCGUCUGCCGAUCGGCUCCUGCGACUUCAGCCUCGGCUCGUGGACCUGCGGCGAUCUCGCGGAGGGCGACCUGCAGCUUGGUGGCUUCAGCGUGGCCCGCUACCGCGAGGCGAUUUUCCCCGUAUUAUGGCGCGCCGCCGAGAUCGCUGGAGCGCCGCUGACGCUCCUCGCCAGUCCAUGGAGCCCGCCCCCCUGGAUGAAGACCAAGCCGGCCUUCAACGGCGACGGCAGCCUGCUCCCCGACUGCCGUGACGCGUGGGCCCUCCACUUCGUGAGGUUUAUCGAGGAGGUGGCCAAGCUCGACGUGCCGAUCUGGGGCGUGUCGGUGCAGAACGAGCCAGAGGCGGCGCAGAGCUGGGAAUCCUGCAUAUAUAGCGCGGAGGAGGAGUGUGUGUUCGUCAGAGACCACCUGGGCCCUAGUCUGGAGAGAGCUGGGCUGGGCGGAGUCAAGAUUCUUGUCUGGGACCACAAUCGUGACGGUAUGCUCGAGCGCGCGCACGCGGCGUACUGCGACCCAGAGGUCGCUAAGUACAUCUGGGGCUUGGCGUACCAUUGGUAUGGCGACGCGCGCUUCGAGUCUUGGCCACCUCGGUCAGAGGUCCCUUUCACCGACAGGCAGCGGGGCGACGCUCAAAUCAUGGAGCUGAGGGCCCGCGCGGGCUUCGACAACGUGCGCAGGGUCGCGGAGCUGCGGCCAGACAAGCACAUCCUUUUCACGGAGGGCUGCCAGGAGCUCGGGGGCAGGCCCCUGAGCUCGGUGCUCGGGGACUGGAAGCAAGGCGAGCGCUACGCCAUGAACAUCAUCGCAGACCUCAAUUCGGGCUGCGAGGGCUGGAUCGAUUGGAACCUGUGCCUGGACGAGACCGGUGGGCCCAACCACGUGGGGAAUUUCUGCGUGGCCCCCGUGAUCUGCGACACUCGCAGGGACAGGGUGCUCAUGCAGCCCUCCUACUGGUACCUCGGCCAUUUCUCGCGCUUCAUCAGGCCUGGUGCUCGCCGCGUCCUCUGCAGCUCCAGCCGCGACGUCCUGGAGGUCACCGCGUUCGCGAAUCCCGACGGGACGGUGGCCGUGGUCGUGAUGAACCAGACGGAGGAGGGCAUGCGCUUCUGGCUGAAGGUUGCCGGGGCGGGCGCGGGCACGCCAUUGAAGGCGGCGAUCGCGGAGGCACCGCCUCGGUCGAUCACCACCUUCGUGGUCCCUGCGGAGGCGGGCGAGGCGCCUGGCGAGCCCAGCUGGCUCGGUGACUGGUGGGGCCGGGCCACGGCGGCGCUGGAAGACAGGCUGGCGGCCCUGCGGCCGCUGCCGGGAAAAAGCGCUCGCGGCACAGAGGUCCGUGGGGGGGGAGUUCUCCAGAAGAGCCACCGCAUGGUGGGUCGAUCCCCCAGCGGUGGUUCUACAUCAGUUCUUGGCGCUUCGCGUUUUCCCACCAGCCCGCGCGCGGCGGUCGCUGAGUGGCUCAGCCUUCAGGGUGUCGCUUUAGUCCUACCUGUCUAAUCGGCUAGGCUGGCUGCGCGGACUGGCGCCGACAGGGCGACUCUUCCGCAGCGUCUAAUCGAGCAUUUUGCUUACUGCAUGUGCGUGCUCGCUUUCUUGCGGGUUUUUACUGCAGGUGCAUUGCCUGUUGUAGCUAAUUAGCUUCGCCUGCUGGCCCAGACGACGCCUACCGCUCCC